AUGGCCAUUGUUACCUUGACACCAUGGGCAUUUGCAAGUAAACCCCGGGCGAAGGGACAACAUAACUUGUUCCAACGGCAUUGCGGCAUUGUUUCCUUUGCUCCCUGUAGGCAACUCUCCAAAUCGGAUCAUGGGUUUUGUUUUGUCGAUGGGGAAAAGACAAAAUUCCACGAGGCAUCAGAUAAACAACACCACCAACCUCAUUCCCAUCACCGGUACGAGAAAUGUACAGCCAGAUGGCGAAACGCACUGAUGUAUAACGAAAAGCUUCUUAAAACUGACAACGAGCCAACUGGCGAACUGAAGGUCCAUAUUAUCUUGGUUCGAUUAGUGAGAAAGGACCUAAUGAAAGCUGCAGGAGAUGGGACAACUCUCAGUUACAUCAAAUCACUCUGGCUAUCUAUGGUACGACGGUCCAAAUGUGGCAUAUUCAAUUCAUCAUUGCACGAUAGCAAUAGUCAUAAAUUAUAUUCUAUAUGUACUUGGGAUGACUCUGACCCUAUUGCACGGUUAACAUACGCUUCGAAAACGAGGUGA